GAAAUUAAUACUUUUCUCAAAUACUGCAGAAAAUCUUUUCCGAACAAUUAUCAAAGACCUGACCUAAAAUGCGGAAACCUAUCAUACGGCGAAACUGGUCAUAAAGUGUGGUACCGUGUUUUGUGCUACCCCGAUGGACCAACGCCGUGCUGUUUUAAAUACAGAUGUGUGAACAAAACUGUUGAUGAAUGUAGGGGUCCUAUGACCUUUGACCUCCGAAAUCGCGUUCAUGCUGAAUACUCAAAAUGGCAGCCGACGAACAAGAGAUGUCCUGUGAAGAUAUUUGACUCUCAGAGCGCCUGCAACUUGCUGAAAGGGUCAACCAUCUACGUCUUUGGAGAUUCAUUAAUGAGACAGCUGUACACAUCUUUGGUAAUGAUUAUACGUGGUGACUUGAAGACAGGCGCCUUAAAAGCAAACACUCCUGAAGGAAAGAGAAAACUGUGCGCUGGGAUGUACAUCUACACUCAUCUUGAAUGUAGUAUCUACAUCGAUUUUGAACCUAGAUUGUGUAAUGCCAGUCUAAAGUUGAAGUUUAGAUACUACGGUUCGGUGAAGUCAAUUCAAAGCACGUUGCAUGACGCCCUUCAACUCAAGGGAAAGAAAAAGUCCAUGGUCUUCCUAGGGAUCGGUCUUUGGGAUUACUUCAACUACCCCCUCGUCGUCAACGCCUACCUAGACCCAAUAGUACAAGCUCUUGUUAAACCUAGAAACAGCAGCUACAACGGCUGGCCAAAGAUUUUGUGGUCGGCUGCCCAAAGUCUCGGGGUAUGGAGAUACCCGUAUGUGAAAACCGUGGACAACGUGCACGGAAAACAAUUCAAUGACAAAAUGGCGGCGUACUUACGUAACUUCAGCAUUCCAAUCUUUGACGCGUUUAGCAUAACGGACGGUGUUACGAGUAUGGACGGAACGCAUUACGGAAUUGGAGUGAAUAUGUUGAAAGCUCAAAUCUAUCUGAAUUAUAUGCAGGAAUUGAAAAAUGAAGGACUUUGGUAAUAUUGUCAAUGUUUAUAAUUACAAACUUUCCACCUCGAUGGAGUUGUGUCGUGUGCACCCGUGUGUCUGCUUUCAAAUGUGUUUGUUGUAUAUAAAACUACGUUAUCUGUU